GCACGCGCAGUGGCAAGGGCGCCCUCCCAAUGCUCUGUGUUUACUUCGAGGGCUGCCCGGGCGAGUGAGGGGGCGAUACUUCCGGCCCUCAGGUGGCCGCGUGCCUUUCCGUUGACGUCUGAGGGUUUUAGGUAUCGGUCAUGUGACAGUUGGGGUCGCCAUGUCUGCUCUGUGUCCUCCUCCUUCUCCUGCUGUUGCCAAGACUGAGAUUGCCUUGAGUGGAGAGUCACCAUUGCUGGCUGCUACUUUUGCCUACUGGGACAAUAUUCUUGGCCCCAGGGUCAGGCACAUCUGGGCCCCCAAAACAGACCAGCAGCUUCUCAGUGAUGGAGAAAUAACAUUUCUUGCAAACCAUACUCUGAAUGGGGAAAUACUUCGUAAUGCAGAAAGUGGUGCAAUAGAUGUGAAGUUUUUUGUUUUGGCUGAGAAAGGAGUCAUUAUCGUUUCCUUAAUUUUUGAUGGGAAUUGGAACGGGGACAGAAGUACAUAUGGACUAUCAAUAAUCCUUCCGCAAAGUGAGCUUGGCUUCUACCUUCCCCUUCACAGAGUAUGUGUCGACAGGCUGACACAUAUUAUAAGAAAAGGACGGAUAUGGAUGCAUAAGGAAAGGCAAGAACACAUUCAGAAGGCUGUCCUGGAGGGCACAGAGAGAAUGGAAGAUCAGGGCCAGAGCAUCAUUCCAAUGCUGACAGGGGAAGUUAUUCCUGUAAUGGAGCUCCUUUCAUCUAUGAAAUCACACAGCGUUCCAGAAGAAAUAGAUAUAAGUGACACGGUGCUUAGCGAUGAUGACAUUGGAGACAGCUGCCACGAAGGUUUCCUCCUUAAAGCCAUCAGUUCACACUUGCAGACCUGUGGCUGCUCGGUAGUUAUAGGAAGCAGUGCAGAAAAAGUUAAUAAAAUAGUACGGACACUGUGCCUCUUUCUAACUUCAGCAGAGCGAAAGUGUUCUAGGCUGUGCAGAAAUGAAACUUCCUUUAAGUAUGAAUCGGGGCUUUUUGUGCAAGGAUUACUGAAGGAUGGCACUGGAAGUUUUACGUUGCCUUUCCGUCAAGUGAUGUAUGCUCCAUAUCCUACCACGCACAUUGAUGUAGAUAUCAACACCGUGAAACAGAUGCCUCCUUGCCACGAACAUAUCUAUAAUCAGCGGCGGUACAUGAGAUCGGAGCUAACAGCUUUCUGGAGAGCCACUUCAGAUGAAGAGAUGGCUCAGGAUACCAUUAUCCAUACGGAUGAGAGCUUCACCCCUGAUCUGAACGUUUUCCAAGAUGUCCUUCACCAAGACACUUUAGUAAAAGCCUUUCUGGAUCAGGUCUUUCAUUUGAAACCUGGGUUGUCCCUGAGGCGUGUGUUCCUCGCACAGUUCUUGUUAAUCCUUCACCGAAAAGCCUUAACCCUAAUCAAAUAUAUAGAAGACGAUACGCAAAAAGGCAAGAAGCCUUUUAAAUCACUCCGUAGCUUGAAGAUAGACCUGGACUUGAGGGCAGAAGGUGACCUUAACAUAAUAAUGGCCUUAGCUGAGAAGAUCAAGCCUGGAUUGCAUUCAUUUCUGUUUGGGCGCUCUUUCUACACUAGCGUGCAAGAGCACGACGUUCUAAUGACGUUUUAAAGGUUUAUUUAUGUUUAUGUGGGUUGGUAUUUCUUCACAAUGCUUCUCAAAGGUAUUGUUUAAAGGGAAUAUAGCAUUUCUCUUCACAAACACGUGUUGUGGUCUGGUGCAACAGAAUGUGUGGUUAACACUACAACAGUCUUCUUCCCCAGCCCAGUGCUGUCCAGCUGUUGUUGUUGGACUCAAAACUACCAUCAGUCCCACCCAACAUGGCCUGUGGUCAGGGAUGAUGGGAGUUGUAGUCUGCCAAUGUUUGGAGUGUAUCAUUGCAGGGAAGGCUGCAGAAAUAGUCAGAGAGGGUGCUGUUUAGACCUGUACAGCCCAGGUAGGGCAAAGUUUCUAACCUGCCUUCUGAGCACCAAGUGCCACUGCUGAUUCCUGAGAAGGGAAGGAAGAAGGCGCAGGAAGCUCAGUGUGUUUUGGGUUUGGCAGUAGGAGAGUUGGGUUGGCUCUGCCACCAUGCCGCUUUGCUCCCUGUGCCUCUCCCUCUCGGGAGCUGGCAACAAUAUUCUGUGUUCGGAAAGCAGGCGAACAACCCUGUGCCACCCCACCAGUUGCUACUGGAAUCGAGUCAGUUCAACUUAGGCAUGCAUCAGAUGUUCCAUUUUGAUUACAGGGAGAGCAAACAUUGGUGUGGUUUGUUUAAAGGUUAAGUUAAUGGCAUUUUCAAAACCACAAAGUUGAGGACAACUUUUAAUGGGUUUUUAAGAGGAUAUUGGUUUAUAAUUUC